GGCAAUCAAGAAUGGUCAGCCUAUCGCCACGUGGACUUUAUUCGUGACUACAACACUCUUGAAACGGUCAGCAUGACAAAACAUCCCAUUCUGGUAGCGGCUGCUCAUAUCAAGCGCAAACUGGGCUUCUAUAUAUGGAAUGUGGUCAUCAUUGUGGUGUUAAUACUUGCCUUGAGUUUUACCACCCUGGCAAUUUCUCCAGUCUCGGAUGGCAGACUUGGGGUGACCAUGACCCUGUUUCUAACAAGUAUUGCCUUUAAGCUGGUUGUGAAAACGACGUUGCCAAGUAUAUCGUAUUUGACAUAUCUGGACAUGUACGUGGUAUUCGCGCUGGCCUAUUUGACACUGCAGGCGGCAGAAAUUGCCAUUAUGAUUCACCUGAAGAAAUAUAAAACCCCCAGUAAAAUUGAAGUCUACGACGAGAUCGCUCAGGGUUGUCUCAUUGGUCUCCUCAUCAUAUUUCAUCUAGCCUUUAUAAUAUACAUCCAAGUUACGGCUUUCAGCAGGCAACGAACCAUGAGCGAUAAAGAGCUGGACUUUGAGAUAGCGAAGAUCAAUUUAAACCAAAAGGCAGCAGAGAGUAAAACUAAUACAGGUUUAGGGGGAGCGCAACUGUCCGGCAUAGAUGCCAGAAAUGGUAAAGUCAGACCAGAUGAAAAUCCACUGUUUAACCAACCUCCAGGCCCGACUAUACUUCAGCCCCCAGUGGGAAAUCAGCAAGGACCUAUCGAGGUUACAAAUCCACUUUUUAAUCCUACUCAAGUUACUAAUCCAGCCCCUCCCCUUGUGGGAAAUCAGCAACCUUUCAGACCACAGUAG